AUGCCGGUCUCAAUAUCUCGACAAUAUCUCCGGGGUGCUUCUCGAGCCCUGCUGUUCACCAAUGGCUCUCGAUUGGCGAUCUGCUGCACCCGGCGCAGAGGGUUUGCGGACGUUGCGGGGAACGAUAUGACACUGCCUUUGAAGGGGUACAAAGUCUUGGACAUGACAAGGGUUCUUGCGGGUCCAUAUUGUACACAAAUACUUGGUGACUUGGGCGCAGAAGUUAUAAAAAUAGAGCACCCUAUGAAAGGAGAUGAUACCAGACAUUGGGGUCCACCGUAUGCGAAAUAUAAAGAAGGUUCUGGUCAGGAGGGUCCUGGGGAAAGCGCCUACUUCUUUGCUGUGAACCGUAACAAGAAAUCACUCGGCCUUUCAUUCCAACACAAAUCUGGCGUCGAUAUCCUCCACAAGCUCGUCGCAGAAAGUGAUAUCCUAGUUGAAAAUUACCUACCUGGCACGCUGAAGAAAUAUGGCAUGGAUUUCGAAACCCUCAAUAAGAUAAACCCACGUUUAAUCUACGCAUCAAUUACUGGCUACGGCCAGACUGGCCCAUAUUCAAAUCGAGCUGGCUACGAUGUUAUGGUAGAAGCAGAGUUUGGUUUAAUGCAUAUCACGGGGAGCCGAGAUGGGCCACCAGUCAAGGUGGGGGUCGCUGUCACUGAUUUGACAACUGGACUAUAUACUAGCAAUAGUAUUAUGGCAGCAAUUAUUGCCAGGGCGAGGACUAAUAGAGGGCAACAUAUUGAUGUUGCGCUGAGCGAUUGUCAAGUUGCUACUCUUGCAAAUAUUGCUAGUAGUUGUUUGAUCAGUGGAAAGAAAGAUGAGGGACGAUGGGGGACAGCUCAUCCUUCGAUCGUUCCUUAUAGAUCCUACAAAACCAAAGAUGGAGACGUCCUCUUCGGUGGAGGAAAUGACCGUCUAUUCGGCCUCAUCUGCAACGGCCUCGGACGCCCAGAAUGGAAAACGGACCCCAAAUUCGAAGUCAACGCCCAAAGAGUUGCAAAUCGAGUUGAACUCGACACUUUAAUAGAAACGAUUACACAGACGAAGACGACACAAGAAUGGCUGGAUGUUUUUGAAGGCUCUGGACUGCCUUACUCAGCUGUCAAUGAUGUGCAAGGGACCUUAAACCAUGAGCAUGUUUUGGCUAGAGGUAUGGUGAAGGAAAUGGAUCAUGAGUUCUGUGGUCCAAUCAAGAUGGUCAAUACGCCAGUGAAGUAUAGCGAAAGUAAACCAAGUAUUCGAACCGCCCCACCGAUGCUAGGCCAGCAUACGGAUGAAGUUUUGAAAGAAGUUUUGGGUUUGAGUGAAACAGAUAUAGAGUCGCUAAAAUCUGAAGGAGCUGUAAGAUAA